AUGAUGGGGUUUGGAACGUCACUGACGUCGCCCGAGGGUUGUCGGCGAAGGGGUGGGUCGCCGGUGAAUGGGUGGGUUGUCGGUAAUGGGGUGGGUCGCCGGUGUGUGGAACGCCAGUGGAAGCCUAGGACGGUUGGAGGUCGCAGGUCGCAACGAUUUCUCUCAAAAAAUGAAAAUGGGACGCACACUGAACUGGGACAAAACGAAGGGGCCUCAUCCAACUCGGUUUUUAUUCAAGUUCUAUCUUUUUUCUGUAGAUUGAAUUUCAAAAUCUUCAUGAUAGGCCAAUUGCUUGCUGGUUUAGUGGGUCACAAAAAGAGAGAUCACUUUGAUGGUGAAAGUGAAUAUUCUGGAAGCUUUAAAUUAUUAGAUGGGGGUGCUUACUUUUCUGUGUUUCCUUCUAAACCCAUGGUGGAGUUGAAGCAUGUGCAAUCUGAAAUUGAUAUGCUAGAAGAUCACAAGCAGCAACUGCAGUGCUUAGUUCUAUUCGGAGGAAAGGACGAAUGCAAAAGAUUCUAUUUUUCAUAUUUCAAAAUUUCCUCAAAAAUUAGGAAGUUUGUGAAGGCAAAUCAUCGCUACUCUAGGAUACAAGAUGAACCGAAGAGAUCACAAGCUAGUCUUUAA